AUGGUGCCAAAUUGUGUAAGUUUUUGCAAAAAAAUAAAAAGUUCCACAGGCACCGUUCCUCGAACCCCUGACCUUUUUUCCAGAACUCCUCUUCUAAUCUCUAUGUCUCUUCAAUUCCGGCUGCCAUCGAAGCUUAUGAAAAUUUGCGCGCGAAAAUUCCGAAUUCAAAAUUUGCCCAAAUCAAUCUUGCUCAUAAAUCCAUUGAAGAUUUUCCGGAAAUUUUUGAGGAUAUGAAAAAAUCUCAAAAUGUAGAGGAUGAGGGAGAAAUGGUGGGUUUUUGGUGGGAAAUUCAAAUUUUUCAUGAAUUUUGGGUUGGGAAGAUAUCCCGCAAGCCUUCAAAACACCGUGCAAAGUUAAUUUGCAGACCACCGUGGUCUGGUUUUUAACUCAAAACACUGUGGAACGUUAAUUUGCAGACCACGGUGGUCUGCUUUUUAACUCAAAACACUGUGCAAAGUUAAUUUGCAGACCACGGUGGUCUGCUUUUUAACUGAAAACACUGUGCAAAGUUAAUUUGCAGACCACGGUGGUCUGCUUUUUAACUCAAAACACUGUGCAAAGUUAAUUUGCAGACCACGGUGGUCUGCUUUUUAACUCAAAACACUGUGCAAAGUCAAUUUGCAGACCACCGUGGUCUGCUUUUUAACUGAAAACACUGUGCAAAGUUAAUUUGCAGACCACGGUGGUCUGCUUUUUAACUCAAAACACUGUGCAAAGUUAAUUUGCAGACCACGGUGGUCUGCUUUUUAACUCAAAACACUGUGCAAAGUUAAUUUGCAGACCACCGUGGUCUGCUUUUUAACUCAAAACACUGUGCAAAGUUAAUUUGCAGACCACCGUGGUCUGCUUUUUAACUCAAAACACUGUGCAAAGUUAAUUUGCAGACCACCGUGGUCUGCUUUUUAACUCAAAACACUGUGCAAAGUUAAUUUGCAGACCACCGUGGUCUGCUUUUUAACUCAAAACACUGUGCAAAGUUAAUUUGCAGACCACCGUGGUCUGCUUUUUAACUCGAAACACUGUGCAAAUUCACAUUUCCUUUAGAUAAUCGAUAUUUUAUGGUUGAACGGAAAUUUCAAGUAUCGUACAAUUUUCGAGGAAAACGGGAUUUUGGCCAAAUUGAAAAUUACAGUAUGCCAACUGAACGUGGAAAUUCAAAUGGAAAAUGCGCGAAAAUUCAACGAUUUCACAAAUUGGAUUUUUCACCAUAAUGUCAGUUUUUUGCCGAUGCGACCAUUUUUAAAGGAACAUGAUGGGGAGGGGCAGCGGGUUACUGUAAUCUAUUUUUUCAAUGUUUUGAGCGAUUUUUGUGUUAGGAAAUAUUUGUGAGGUUUUUUGGAAUGCUCUUUUUGUUCAAAAAUGUUGUGACGUCACAAAUUUUUCUGGAAAAUGACAAUUUUUGUUGGUUUCUGAAUCAUUCUUCUUCAUUUUCUUUCAAAAAACAACAUUUUUGUGUUAUAAAACAAGUGUCGUUUCUCGGAAAAUUUCAGAUUUCAGAUUUUUUUUUGCUGAAAAUCGAAACAUUUCUCGAUGUUCGAUGUUCGAACAUCGAUCGGAUCACAAGUUUUUUUUUGUUUUUUUGUUACACUCGAAAAAAAAUGUUUUAUAAAUCCGCCGGGACCGGAUUUUUUGAACAGUUGUUUGGUUCGAAAAUAUUAUGUUUUUUCAGUUUUCAGCGCAGAAUUUGCGAUUUUUUGAGACCAAAUAAGCCUAUUUUUUGAAAUUUCCUACUGUAGAUUGAAAAAAAAAUUACUGUAGAGGCUACUGUAGUUUACAAUUUUUUUGUUAAUAAUUUUCUGGGACCUCUGAGUACUACAGUAACCCUGGCACAACUUUCUAUUGUUCCAAAAAAAUUGGUAGAUCAAAUUUCAGCCCUCAGGAGUACUGUAGUUGACUCCUACAGUAACCCAGACUACUGCACAUCAAAUUUUUGGAACAUUUUUCUCAAAGAUUCCAAAAAAUUUUGUAAAUCAGUAAAACUGUACCAAGGGAUACUGUAGAUCAAAUUCUCCCGUCUUUUACGAGUACUGUAGUUGGAGUACUGUAGAAAUGCUCGAAAUUUGCUCUAAUUUACUUGGGUUGUUUACCAAUUGGCACGUUUCCAAGCAACUGUUGCUGGCCAACUGCUGCGCCUUUAAAUUUCUUUUCGACUUGACUUUGACAUGUGAUUUAUGAACUUUCCAACAUGGCCAACUGUUGUUUGCAAUAUCACACUAAAAUCUAUUUUUCUCAUCAAUUUUCGCUCGAAAAAGAUAUAAAUUUCGCUGCGAAACGCCCUUUUUCACAUUUUUUCGUGAUUUUUGAGCGAAUUUUCAUUAAAAAUCGUCAAAUUUAGCUUCAAAUUAGCAUUUUACGUUAAUUUGCAGACCACCGUGGUCUGCUUUUUAACUCAAAACUCUGUGCAAAGUUAAUUUGCAGACCACCGUGGUCUGCUUUUUAACUCAUUUUUUGUCAUUUUUACCCAUUUCCCGCACCCAAAUUCCCAAAUUUUCAGAAAAAUCAUGUUCAAGUUGGUUUUGUUGCUCGUUUUGUUGCUCGCCUUGUUCGAAAUGGUUCAAUCUGAUGCUUCGUGUUGGUUGGGAGACACUAUUUGCAAAUCGAUCACUUGCAGAGUGAGUUACCGUAGUCCCUACAGUACCCCUGCCACGUUUUUACGCGCGAAAAUUUGAUCUGCUGGGAGGGCUUUUUUGAUCCAAGUACCAGAUUUUUUUGUAAUUUUCAAAAAACGUGGAAUUUUCGCCCCAUAAAUUUACAGUACCCCUAGAUCUAUCUACAGUAACCCCCAUUUUUUGCAGAGCUGCAAAUUGGCCGAAUGCAUCAACGGAAACUGCAUGUGCACAUUGUGCUAGACACUGUAAUAAUUUUUUGGCUGAAAAUUUUUUUUUGCUGAAAUUUUCCGUACUGAAACAAUAAAAAUGCAUAUUAUCUUCGUUUUUUUUUUGGCAAAAAAUGUUGUUUUUCAGGUUGAUAAGAUAAGAUUUUGGGACGUAUUUUUUGCUCAAAAAACUUUGUUUUUUAAAUGAAAAAUGAGGUUUUUCACGUUUCUAGCCAUAUUCUGGGUUACUGUAGUGGUUUGGGCGCAGGAUGGUGGUGAUAAUGAGGAGGAAGUGACAGGUGGGUCGAAUUUUGGCGCGCGCGAGCGCCCUCCAUAAAUUAGCCAUCCAACAGCACUGAACAAAAGGCGUCUAUAGCUCAGGCGGUUAGUGCGCGCGCUCUUAAUCAGAAGGUCACGAGUUCGAUCAACGCUGCCGGCGAUCUUUUUUUCUUUUUUUUUCAGAAACCAUAGUUUUUUAGACGCUGAAAACAAGGAGAUUCAAAUCGAAUGUGUGAAUAGUUGUGGGGAUACGGUAGAAGAGUGGAAAUUGUGUGCUCCAACGUGUUUUGAUGGUCAAUUAAAGCCAGCUGACAAGACUUUUAUCCAAUGUGAAGGCGAUUGUUUGGACCGGUAUUAUCCGCCACGUGUUCCGCAAGCGGAUUUGGAUAAUUUGGAAAUUUGUGCACAGAAAUGUAUUGAUAAUUAUCGUGGUUAUUGA